AAGGAAACUUCCCAAUAGAAACACAUGAUAUAAAAUCCCAUCUAAAACCACUGGAGCCGCUUUGUUUAGUGUUUUAGCAAUCGGAGCUGUUCAGAAACCACCAGAGUGAGUAUACCGGAAACCAGAAAAUGGCAGCAGAAGAAGAAGUGGCGCUAGAUUUGGAGGAGCUCCGCCGUAUCCAGAGCAUUGCAAAACGACCCCGUAUUCUCAAUCUCAUCUCCUCUGAAAUCGGCAAUUUGGAAAAGUUGUCAAAAGAGGCUGCUCCUAAACCUACCUUGCCAACUCCAACUCCAAUUUCUACGGCAGUGAAGGUGCCUUCCACCCCAGCUCUGAAUUAUGUUACACUUGGGUCAUUCAGCUGGGAGCAAGAUACUGAUAAAGUGAAGAUAUAUAUAUUUUUAGAGGGAAUUGAUCAGGAGAAAAUGGAGACUGAGAUCAAGCCUACUUCCAUUGAUAUCAAAUUGCAUGAUGUCCAAGGAAAGAACUACAGAUGUGCUAUACCUAAACUCCAUAGCCAGAUUGUUCCAGAGAAGUGUAAGGUGCUAGUUAAGCCUACAAGGGUCGUGAUUACAUUGAUUAAAGCUUCAAAGGGGAACUGGCUGGAUCUGCAUUUCAAGGAGGACAAGCUAAAGCCGAAUUUGGAUAAAGAGAAGGAUCCUAUGGCAGGAAUCAUGGACUUGAUGAAGAAUAUGUACAAUGAAGGGGAUGAAGAAAUGAAGCGAACAAUUGCCAAAGCAUGGACCGAUGCGAGAUCUGGAAAAACAGCCGAUCCACUGAAGGGCUUUAAAUAAAUUGGGAAAUACAAUUUUCUAGGUUAGAUUAUGAGUAGGUUUUUGUUUCCAUCGAGUGAUAUUUUCGCCUACUUAUGUACCAGUCUUUGUUGGAACCUUGUGUUUGGAUCGUUCUAUGUUAUUAUUAGGAGAUUCUAUUGCUAAGA